GGAGAGCCGGGCGCUCGCAGCUCAAGAUGGCGGACGAGAGUGAGACAGCAGGGAAGCCGCCGGCACCUCCGCUGCCACAGCUGAUGGAAGGCAACGGGAACGGCCACGAACACUGCAGCGACUGCGAGAACGAGGAGGACAGCAGCUACAACCGAGGUGGUUUGAGUCCAGCUAAUGACACCGGAGCCAAAAAGAAGAAAAGGAAACAGAAGAAGAAGAAAGAAAAAGGCAAUGAGCUGGACUCAGCCCUGGACCAGCCUGUGAAGGAGAAGCAGGAGCACAGGAAAGCCCACUGCAGCACUGCUUGUAAAACAACAACAAAACAAGCUCACUGCCCUCCAGUUGGUGCCGACUCGGUGGGAGUCGAAGGUGGCCGGACGCCUUUCUGUGGGUGCUGCUUCGUGGCUCCUCGCGCAGCAGAGGCGGUGACGGCUGCAGUCCCUCCUAAGUGCCUUCUUUCCGUCCAGCUGAAAGAGCUGUACACCCUCCUGAAUGAGAACUACGUGGAAGAUGAUGACAACAUGUUCCGAUUUGAUUACUCCCCAGAAUUUCUUUUGUGGGCCCUCCGGCCACCGGGCUGGCUUCCCCAGUGGCACUGUGGCGUUCGAGUGGUCUCAAGCCGAAAGUUGGUUGGGUUCAUCAGCGCCAUCCCAGCAAACAUCCACAUCUAUGACACGGAGAAGAAGAUGGUGGAGAUUAACUUCCUGUGUGUCCACAAGAAGCUGCGCUCCAAAAGGGUGGCUCCUGUCCUGAUCCGAGAGAUUACCCGACGGGUUCAUCUGGAGGGCAUUUUCCAAGCUGUGUACACGGCCGGGGUGGUACUCCCGAAGCCUGUGGGCACCUGCAGGUACUGGCACAGGUCCCUAAACCCUCGGAAGCUGAUUGAAGUCAAGUUUUCCCACCUGAGCAGAAACAUGACCAUGCAGCGCACCAUGAAGCUCUACCGGCUGCCAGAGGUGCCCAAGACAGCUGGCUUGCGAGCCAUGGGGAAGAAGGACGUCCCGGCAGUGCACCGGCUCCUCACCAGGUACUUGGAGCAGUUCCACCUCACGCCGGUCAUGAGCCAGGAGGAGGUGGAGCACUGGUUCUCCCCGCAGGAGAACAUCAUCGACACCUUUGUGGUGGAGAACGCCAAUGGUGAGGUGACGGACUUCCUCAGCUUUUAUACCCUGCCCUCCACCAUCAUGAACCAUCCGACCCACAAGAGCCUAAAAGCUGCUUAUUCUUUCUACAAUGUCCACACCCAGACCCCUCUUCUAGACCUCAUGAGCGACGCCCUUGUUCUCGCCAAAAUGAAGGGCUUUGACGUCUUCAAUGCGCUGGAUCUCAUGGAGAACAAAGCCUUCCUGGAGAAGCUCAAGUUCGGCAUCGGGGACGGCAACCUGCAGUAUUACCUUUACAACUGGAAGUGCCCCAGCAUGGGGGCAGAGAAGGUUGGGCUAGUGCUGCAGUAGCCAGCUGCCCGAGACGUUCUGGAUAAAGCCACUGAGAGUUCAAAGCGAGGAAUGGAACCCCACUUGUUGGUCCGAUUUUCACAACCGUGAGAAUCCCUGGCCGAGGGAACAGAACUGCACCGGCUUUACCAACCUGCCACUGAGUCUGACCAUUGUAUUGCCGUGGCAUGGGCGGCAUGACGUCACCUCUGGCUGUGCCGCUGGUCUCUCUUGUUUUCCAAUUAAUCACAUCUCCUGCAGCCGCGGUCACGGGAAUGUACUGCUGAAAGCUAGCUUGUGAUUGGCAUAUUAUGGAGCUAACGGGUGAAUAAUAAAAGUAUAUAUAUAUAU